AUGAGUAGUGGUAGCUCGCGCCAGCGCUCUGCGACUAGAUCUGAUACCCACGACCCAACUUCGAGCCCGUUUCCUUCCGUUCCACGAUCGAGAGACGAGAUUCACAAUCUCGACGGCCUCGUCUUCAACCACUUGCCCUCCAACUACGCUGCCACCAACCAGAAACCCGCGCCCUCGCCCUUGACCCUGCACAACAAGUCGUCCACCUCCAGCUUUCUCUCCCCCGGCGCUUCUCGCCCACGAGCCGCUACUGCGAGCUCCGUCCCGACCACUCCUCUCCUCGGUCACGACGCCGCGAGGCCAGCUACGAGAGCUGGUCCGCCUGCGACCCCCCUCGCCAUGUAUCAAAACACCCAACGACAUGUCUCCGCCGCCGACUCCUCGAGACCUUUCCAGGUCCCUCCCCCGCCGCCGCCCAUGUCGCCUCCCGUACAAGGCCAGAUGAGCAACAUGAUGUCUCUGCCUCCUCCGCCGCCGCGCUUCCCUUCCGCCCCCGGUGCGACGGGUGGUGGUGGUGCUGGUGGUGGGAUGAUGCUUCCGCCUCCUCCAGGCCCGCCGCCCGGAAGUGCAAUGGGAGGCCAGGCACCUUGGCACGGCGCCUUUGGACGCAUGUACGACGGCCGCAACGGCUUCAACGUGCCCCCUCCCCCGCCCGGUCAGCACCAGGCCUACAAUCCGAAGCUGCAUGCCCAGGUUGCGACCGGCACUACUCUCUCGAUCCCGCCACCGCCUCCCCCGAGCGACCACGGCUCCGGAAUGUCUGCGACAUACAUACCCCAAGGAGAUACGUAUGGAGAAGGAGUCGGAAUCCCGGGUCUGGGUGGUUUCGACGAAGCGUCGACCUUCUCGGCCAUGUCUAUGGGCUCGUGGCCAACGAACAGUCAAACAAGCGCCGAUACCACCAUGACAACGCCCCAAGACGACAUCACUGGACGAGAUAGGAUGUAUACGCAGGCUAUGCAUAGCCGAGGACUAUCGCAAGCUUCCACUGCCACCACGUCGAGCAUUCACCCGGACUUGGCGGCACAAUGGCCCCUCGAGAAGGUGUUACUCUGGCUCGCUUCCAAUCAAUUCUCCAAGGACUGGCAGGAGACGUUCAAGGGCCUGAAUCUACAUGGAUCCCACUUCCUAGAGCUCGGUAGCCCCUUGGGAGGCCGGGGAAACUUUGGCAUGAUGCACCAACAAGUCUACCCCAGAUUAGCCGUCGAAUGCACCAACAGCGGGACUGGAUGGGAUCAGCCACGGGAGCGAGAGGAAGGCAAACGCAUGCGACGUCUUGUUCGAAGCAUCGUGACCGGCCGGCCGGCUGACCCCUCCAAGGUAUCUUCACACGGGAGGAAAGAGUCUGGGUACCACGGUAACAACCUGCCCAGCGCCGGGACGGACGGUGCAGACUCUCCCAGCGUGAGUAUGAUAGUUCGCCCGAGUGAGCUCUCGAAGGCUGAUGAUCGGCAGACGCCAAUCAAAGCUCCCGGUCCUGGAUUUGGUGGGCGUCGUUUCUCCCAAACCAGGUCGACCACCAUGCCUACUCUGAACAGUACCAUGAGUUCGGAUUCUAAUCACAGGAACAUCCUGAAGCAAAUCGAUAUCGACGGCAGCCGACGUCAUAGCCCGAAUGCCAGCGAACCAGGCGACACCUUCCGGCCGCCGCCUCUGCGGACUGACAGUCCGAACGGAAGCCCGAACCCCCAGAGUGCCUCCUUGUUUCCUUCAUCGGCAGGGAACCUGUCGGCUUCACCACACGCGACCAAGUUUGGGCAUAGAUCGCGGAACAGCACCGACUCUGUCUCUUCAAACGCCGCCAUCUAUGGUUCUGGCAUCCCUCCGGAGGCGAGCCAGAUGCUGCGCAGCGGCAUGAACAUCACAGAUAUGAUUCAGGCCAGUCGCGGUAACGCUGAAAGCCGUCGAUUGGGCCAGGACGGCGGGCGUCCUUCGCCUCAAGAGUCCAAUGGUGACCGCUCUGCUGGCACCGAACCCCCUUCGUCCGCGAAAGACUCGAAAAGCUUCCUUAGCUUUCUAUCGAGGAAGAAGAAGCAGAAGGAAGACGGGUUCCCGAGUCCUGACGACCUGGAAUCGCCCACUUCGCCAGCUCUCAACUUCAAAUCUCAUUCAUUUGGUUCUCGCUUCGGUAACAACAGUGAAACCUCGUUAGACCUAUUACACGAUAAGGACAGUGCCAAAUCCAGGCGCCCCAGUCCGGCUAGGACGUUUGUGUUGGUCACAGUGGAUGGAUACAACUACCGUAUGUGCGACAUCACAGAUGCCGAAUCAGCGACAGAUAUCCGUCACAUCAUCUGCAGCAACCUGGGCCUGGAAGCCGCGAACUCUCAGGUCUACCUGACGGAGCUUGGGAGAUUUGACCACGAACAGCCUCUCGACGAUAAGAAGCUCGUCACCCAACGUAAGGUCCGAGCCGACGCUACAGGGUCGCUCAAGUUCUUCAUCCGACCUUCCGGGUUUGCGCCUCAGGGCUCAGGCAAGGCCAACGGCGCACCUGCUCACACUUCUCUCGAUGAGGAGGCAUACAAUCGCUUGAACGGCGUGUCGAGGACAAGAUCCAGCUCAUCACCACCCACAUCAAGGCAAAACACCUUGACUGGCGAGAGAGGCGACGAUAAGAUGCUCGCGCAAGAGGCAAGCGAGUACCGUGCUGAGAUGGAGCGAAAGCAGCGCGAGUACCUAGAGAAGAGGAAGCGGGCGGCCAUGAAGGAUAGCCCGGGAAAUACGCCAGAAGGCACUUCUGCCCCGUACAUUCAUGGACGAACUGUCGAUUUCGACCAACCACGUCAGUCACCGUACGAGGAUAAGAAGCCGGAAGUACUCUUCCCUGUGCGAAAGCCCCCCGCGCCGCCAAGCGACCCGUCUGCGACUCUACUCAAAGCAAACUCCCUCAGCAGGAAGACGGGGCAUUCUAUGCGAUCUUCAGACGGCAUUUCUCUUGCACCACGCCGCCCUUCCACCUUGUUUGAGGAUAUGGAACUCCCUGGUCAAUCUAACGAUAAAAAGAAGAAGACAAAUAGCCAGCAUGGUGGCAUCGGUGCUGCCCUCGUUGGCAUGGGUCGGGGCUUAGGAGCGGUUGGCCACUCGAACAACCGUAGAUCCAAGUCACCCAAGCGAGUCUCGUCGCAUUCCAACAUGAGUGGCGACUACUCAGAUAGAGGUAAGGGAGCAAUGUCAUUGGUUGACUUCGGUCAGUCCUGCUCGGAUCGAGGCAGUCCUCGCUCGGCGUCAGGCUCACCUGGAACUCUCACCUGGAGUCGUGGAAAUUUGCCCUUCGUCGUGCCAGACUAUUCUCCCGGCGGGACUCCGUUGGCAGUGAAACGAUCGCAAAAUGGUAUGGUUGCUAAGAUACAAUCGACAGUAAACCGGGCACCUUCUCGUGAGAUUAGCCCCAGUUCCCUCAACCCACCCCAAUUCCCCUCGAAUGAGCCAGCACCACCCCCUCGUCGCAAGUCGCAUGGACCAGACUUUGACUACCUCGGACCGGAGGUCAGUUUCGACAAGCCGCCAUCUGCUCAGCGGGAUGAUGAUUCCGGAGACGAUUCCGACGAUGGCUUGUUCGCCGUUCCUCUCGCUGGUCAGAAGAAGCCGACCAAGAUCACGCGCAUAUUUGACGGCGAUGAUUCGCCGGACGAGGCCAACGACAAACGACCAACCUUGACAGUGAACACGACCAAGCCUAAAAAGAAGCCGGUUUCCGUAUCCUUCCAUUCACCAAAAUCGUUCAACGGCGGGUCAAGUAAAGAAGGUGAAGAAGAUGAGGCUUUGAUGAGUGCCAAGAGUGGCAAGAGCUCUCGGAGAACACCGAACACCCCUGGCUCAGAAGGCUGGGAAUCCGAAGACAGCAAACUCAGUCGCAGAAAAUCAUUUGUCGAGAAGGAUGUCUGGGCUAACCGUCCUACGACCGACGCCCUUAUCAACAAUCUUGACGACUUCUUCCCGAACUUGGACCUUGAUCAGCCGGUCCUCGAGGAAGGCUCAGGGGACCCUUCGCCUCCAUCGCCAAUCGCAGAGUCUGAGGAGAAGGAGGCUGCACCAGGACCAUCAGCGCCGCCGCAGUCUCCCCCGCCGAGCCUGCGGGUGGCCAUGGGCGCCGCCAAUCGGUCAUUCUAUAAUGAGAACGACACGUUGGGCUCAGACGAGUCCACCUUGAAGGCCCUUGAACGACCUGCCUCGGUAGCCUCGGUGGCUCAGAGAAGUAUGAGACGCUCAGGCGGCCUCGGCCGUAUGAAGUCAAUUCGUGAGGUUGCUCGUGGUGCGCACGAGGCUAACAAGCGGUUCACUACAACCACAACGACGCAGCCCGGUCAGCCCGGCCAGGCCACAUCUGCGUUGAUGAGGAGGAAGAGUACGAAGAUGUUCAACGCCAACAUUGUGCAGAUCCGCCCGGACCAACGAGGCAGCAUGGUUAUGCCGCAGAUUCCGCAAGACACGUUGCCGAAACGACAAACCACGUUCCGCUGGUUCAAGGGUCAGCUGAUCGGCAAGGGCACAUAUGGCCGCGUCUACCUCGGUAUGAAUGCGACCACCGGAGAGUUCUUGGCUGUGAAGGAGGUUGAGGUCAACCCCAAGGCAGCACAAGGCGACAAGGCGAAGAUGCGCGAGUUGGUCACGGCUCUUGACCAAGAAAUCGAGACCAUGCAGCAUCUUGACCACGUAAACAUUGUGCAGUACCUAGGUUGCGAGCGCAAGGAGACGUCGAUCAGCAUCUUCCUCGAGUACAUUUCUGGUGGCAGUAUUGGAUCUUGUCUGCGGAAGCAUGGCAAGUUCGAGGAACCGGUCGUCUCCUCGCUUACUCGACAGAUGCUUUCAGGACUCGCGUACCUGCACAGAGAGGGCAUUUUGCAUCGCGAUCUGAAGGCCGACAACAUUUUGCUGGAUCUCGACGGAACCUGCAAGAUUUCCGAUUUCGGUAUCUCGAAGAAGACGGACAACAUCUACGGUAACGACAAGUCCAAUUCCAUGCAGGGCUCUGUGUUUUGGAUGGCGCCUGAGGUGAUCCGCUCGGAAGGCAAAGGCUACAGCGCCAAGGUCGACAUUUGGAGCUUGGGAUGCGUCGUCUUGGAGAUGUUUGCCGGUCGCCGUCCCUGGUCCAAGGAGGAGGCGGUGGGCGCCAUCUACAAGAUCGCAAACGGAGAGACGCCACCUAUUCCCGACGAGGUCAGAGAGACCAUCACGCCCUUGGCAAUCGCCUUCAUGCUGGACUGUUUCACUGUUAAUCCCUUGGAGCGGCCUACCGCAGAUGUACUCCUCUCGCAGCAUCCGUUCUGCGAGCUCGAUCCCAAUUACAACUUCUUCGACACCGACCUUUACACGAAGAUUCGCGGAAAAGACGUUUAG